AUGGAGAUCGAUGCGCGAGACAUUGAAAAGCAGUUGGACCUGGAGAUGAAGAGGUGUGCAGCGUUUUUUGCCUCCUCCAAGACGCUCAUUGUCUCCAGGUUGUUCAAGAACUUCGAGGAGGAUGAGGAGAGGACGAUGCGACUCGCUUCGGCCCUUGAGCAUGAAUCCACUGCAGCUUCGUUGCAUUUCGCGCUUUUCCCCCGCAAGACGCGCGAUGGUGGUUUGCAGCCGACCUGCAGAGAGCCAGUUGUGUCGAUGAUGGCGUUUGUUGUUGAUCUUUUCUCGCCGCAUGAUGGCUCAAUAGAUCUAAGGAUGUUCAGCGAGUGCUUCAUGGACUCUGAUUUCGUGAACGAGGAUGUGGAGGAGGGGAUAGUUGGUCUGUCGUAUCAGUACAAGGAUGAGAACGGAAGCAGCGUGUCCAUCAGCCGUGGGAAAGUGAAGGAUGCAAAGAGACAGUUCGCGCAUCAAGUUCAGCUGAGAUUGUCCAUGCAAUGCAACCCAAACAUCAGUGUGAAAGUUUUUAAGACGGGGAGAUUACAAAUCGCGGGAUGUAAGGAUGAGGGAACAUGUAACAAGAUUGUGCGCCACGUGAUAAAUUCCUUGAACAACAUAUACGACCAUGUGCCCGACGGCCCAUCCGUCUUCGAGCGGCACGUUUGCGAGCCUAGCGGCCAGCACGUUGCAGUCCAUGGACCGAUUAAAUUCUCGGAAGUUCUAGCACCUGAGACUGUCAACAUCAACUGCACGUUUGAUGCUGGGUACUCGUUUGUUGGCUACACUCUAGAUCCAAUCUUGUUGAGAGAUGUUGUUUCACGGCCGGAAUACUCGCAUUGUGUAAAAAGUGUAGAAUACACGCCGGAGAAGAGGUAUGCUGGAGUUAAGAUCCUCUUCAAGCCUCCUCAGAUCGCUUCUGUUUCCGACGCUACGAAUGUGAAGAGAGAAGUCUUUAUCGGCAUCUUCCCCUCUUCCAAGACAGUCAUCACAGGAGCAGUGAACUGGGCAGAGGUGGACGAUGCAUACGACUUCGCUUCCAGACUCCUCCUACAGAACUUUGAGGAGGUUAGGAAGCCGGCGGAGGGAGGGAUGUCCGCAAGGCGAAGGCAGGGGCGUGACAAGUGA